CAUAACAUGGUUUAGUGUCAUUAAUAUUUAAGUGUCUAAAAAGCUGCUACAGUACAGGCUUUAAUAAAUGAACAUCAGCCUGUGCUCACAUGCUGACGUAUCAGAUGUUCUGACGUCAAUAUUCUGCGACUGAGAUGAUGCGAGGAUUUUAAGAAUGGGCACCCAAGUAAAAGAUGUCGUUAUCAAAGAUGAUGCCCCAAGUACACUCCUCUUGGAUAAGCAUGCAGACUACAUUGCUGCCUAUGGCGCAAAAAAGGACGACUAUGAGUACACACUGUCAGAGUACCUGAGGAUGAGUGGGAUCUACUGGGGCCUGACGGUCAUGGACCUGAUGGAUCAGCUCUCCAGAAUGAACCGUGAGGAGAUCACCGACUUCAUCAAGUCCUGUCAGCAUGAGUGUGGAGGCCUCAGUGCCAGCAUCGGGCACGACCCUCACCUGCUGUACACCCUCAGUGCAGUGCAGAUCUUGUCGCUGUAUGAUGAUGUCAAUGUGAUUGACGUGGACAAAGUGGUAGACUAUAUUAGGGGACUGCAGCAAGAGGAUGGGUCUUUCGCAGGCGACAAAUGGGGUGAAAUAGACACACGAUUUUCCUUUUGUGCGGUUGCGACGCUUGCAUUGCUGGGCAAGUUGGAUUCCAUCAACGUAGACAAAGCGGUGGAGUUUGUCUUGUCCUGUAUGAACUUCGAUGGAGGGUUCGGCUGUAGGCCUGGCUCUGAGUCUCACGCUGGCCAGAUCUACUGCUGCACUGGUUUCCUGUCCCUCACAGGGCAGCUCCACCAGAUUAAUGCUGACCUGCUGGGCUGGUGGCUCUGUGAGAGACAACUACCAUCCGGGGGCCUCAACGGUCGCCCUGAAAAGUUACCCGAUGUGUGCUACUCGUGGUGGGUGCUGGCCUCGCUGAAGAUCAUAGGCAGAAUCCACUGGAUCGACAAAUCCAAGCUGAGGUCCUUCAUUCUAGCCUGCCAAGAUGAUGAGACGGGCGGCUUUGCGGAUCGACCAGGAGAUAUGGUGGACCCCUUCCACACGCUGUUUGGGGUGGCGGGGCUUUCCCUCAUGGGCGAUGAGCAGAUCAAGCCUGUCAACCCCGUGCUGUGUAUGCCCGAGGACGUGCUCCAGAGGAUAGGCCUGCACCCGGACACCCUGACCUAGGCCCUCUUAGGCGCCAUCACGCUCACCCUCACCAUGCACUCCUCCACCACACCCCAGCCCUGCACACAGGCCACAAAGGAGAGGCCAGGGAUGGCUGGAGGGGCUAGGAGAGCCCACCACGCUGAGAUAGGGAUGAGAUACUCUGAUGCUUGAGACCGUUACGGUCAGGCUUGCAGGCUUUCUCUCUGGACUGGUGUGGACGGAAAUGUACAAUAGAUCAGGUAAGGAUAGGAAUUAGAUGUUGGAAACACAAGACCAGAGCGAAAGCCUGCAGUGCUGUGGACCAGAAGGACUCAUAUGCUUUACAGUGGUAGGCCGGCGUCACUUCACUGAUACUGACAGACAUACAAUAAAGAAGAUAACUUUCAUUUGUUGUUGAUAAAUUUGCUUAAAAGUGAAUUUGUAUGAAGCACCAAAUCUUGUCCCUCGUUCGGUCGUACCCACUUAUUCAUCUCUUGUCACCGUCAACUCACCACAGAGGACACCCAGAAGCCUGUAACUGCGUACCAUGUAUGUUCUGAUCAUGUUUACACUAGAGCCUCUAUUCUUCGUUGAAAGCUGAACAGAUGACUGGAUCUCAAGGGUAGCAACAGGAUACUUGCUGCACGCAAACCCAAUUUCCUGAUUGUUGUUUUAUUUUGGACAUAUAUCGACACGUAUUUGAAGGUGUGGUUUUGGGGGGAGUCGAUGAGAACGUCUGAUCACUGCGUCUUGCGUCAUCUUCUUUCUUUUUUUUAUCCCGACUAACUUUAUCAUGUAACUUCUCAAACGAUCAGGAUUUAUAAAGAAUCUGUAGUUAUUUUCCUCACCAAGUGCAAGAUUAUAUUCUUGAUCGGUAUCUGAUUUGUCAGAGUUUGUCUUUGUGAUUACUGUAAUAUGCUUAAUAUUAAUGUUUCAUUUAAAUGACAUUGUCAGCUCUGUGCACUGUUGUUGCCUGACUGUUACCCACCUUUUUUAUUUUUUGACACUUCUGCAUGUUUCUGUUAGAUUUACUGGGAGCAGGGAGCUAUCAUAACAUUGUCCAUCAAAUACUCAUCAUAUAAAUACAGCAUAUUUAUUUGCAUGCAGUUUGGAUAUCUAUUUAUGUACUACAGAACUACUACCAUCUUGUUAGGCAAUAAAUACAUAUAAUGUUUCCCGCAAAGUA